AUGUCUUUUGUUAUAACAAUCUUCUAUAUUCUGGUUGCCGAAGCACAAUUUGGUGGCUUUGGAGGCGGAGGUUUCUUCCAGCCUCAGCCGCAGCAAUAUUAUCAGCCUCAGCCGCAGCAAUACUAUCAGCAGCAACCCCAAGCCUACCGUCCUGGCGGAAGGGCUGGAUCCGUAUCGAAGGCCAACACAAAUGCCUAUGAGAGGCAAGUGGACUUGGGCAAUAACUUGGAGUACACCCAAGGUGUGUCCAAUUCUCGAGCUGUGACCAAACAGAAUGGCCAGCGCCUUGUCUCCAAUAGUCAAGCGCAGACGAACGAUCUGUCCUUGGGUGGCCUGCAGUUGGGCAACACUGUGACACGGACCCGGACAAAUGCGAAUGGAGCCGUCUCGCAGGGCAUAGCCGAUCAGUUCCGUGUGGGCAAUGUCGGGCUAGGCGCCUCACUGUCACCCACGAACUUGCAACAGGGAUUGGGCUUGCAGCGCGGAGCCAAUGGUGAUGUGCGCCUUGGCCUGGGACUGCUCAGUUUCGAUUUGAAUCCCCAUGUCCAGAACUCGAACACUCUGUCUCAGGCUCAAGUGAAUGCCCAGGGCAAGGGAGCGCGAGCGGGCUCAAACAGUAAUACCCAAUCGAAUACCCAGCAGUAUGGCAAUGGAAUCAGUGUGACGGACACACGUACCAAUUCGAAUGCCUACGGACGUACACGAAAUGGCCAGACAUCAGCCACGGCCGGUGGUUUCGGUGGCAAUGCAUUGACCUAUGGACAAACUGGACAAAGAGGACAAGUGCUUCAACGUCGUCGUCGCCGUCCCAAGCGUCGUGCCCAAUAUGUGCCAUUUGGCUAUCCUCAGGGUGGUGGAUUCGGAGGCAACUUUGGAGGCUUCGGCCUAGAUCGUCCACGUCGUCAAUUCGGAGGAGGUUUCGGAGGUGGAUUCGGCGGCGGUGGUUUCGGUGGCGGCGGCUUCGGUGGCGGCGGCUUUGGAGGCGGUCCGGGUUUUGGCUUUGGUGGUGGUGGCGGCCCCGAAUUCGGUGGUGGUGGUGGACCCCAAGAAUUUGGCUCACAGCAGCAACAGGGUGGUAACCGCAAGAAGAACAAGAAUCAAGCUCAUGGUAAUGCCAAUGCCCAGGGUGGCCCCGGGUUCAAUCAGCAGGCAUCGACCAAUAAUCAUGCCAGUAAUGGUGAUACGGGCUCAAGCAGCAUUGGAUCGAAUAUAGCUCAAGAUGGCAGUAGUGGUCAGGUGAGCUCUGCGAAUACCAACACGCAUAGCAGCCACACGGCCCAGGGCAUUGACGAUUCGCAGAACUCGCAGAGUCAGGCGCUCAAUUUCCGUCCGGGUGAGCAACAGGCAGCGAAUGCCAAUGCCAAUACACAUCACACACAAACGGGCAAUAAGGAUACAUAUACCUCGAACAGCGGUUCCAGUUCGACGAAUAAUAAUCAAUUUGGCACCGCCACAAAUACGGCCAACACCAAUUCACAGGUGACACGCGAUGGCGACACUGGCCAGCAAGAUGCCAGUAGCGACGCCAGCAGUCAGUCAAUAUUCCAGGGCAACCAGGGUCAAGGCAAUGCGGCGGCCAAUACAAAUGCCCAAACCAGCUCGCAACGCGGUCCAAAUGGAUUUGUCUCCAAUUCGGCAUCGAGCAGCGCAACUGCCACAAGCGAAAAUGGCCAAUCGGCUAAUGCCAAUGCCAAUGCCAAUGCGGGUGGUGCUGGUGGUUUCAAUGGAGCCAAUGCGGGUGCCAACGGCGGUGGUUUCCCAGGCGGCGGCGGCGGUGGUGGAGCGAAUGCCAACAGCAAUGCCUACGGUGGUUUCGGCGGCUUUGGCUUCUUUGGCCUGCGUUCUCGGGCUCAGCAACAAGUGCGCUUGCAACGUUGGCAACGACCAAGCAGCGGCAGCACCACCACAACCACCACCACUACAACCACCAACCGUGUGAACGACAACUUUGAGUAUUUAUACAUCAAUCACUCGUCGAGAUUGGAGGAUCUUGGAACUUCUUCAGCGCCCAUCAACACAUCCGUUGAUACGUUUGCUCAAUUCGAUAGCAGCCAGCGACAGGGAAGGACAUUCGGGACCAUCUAUGACUGGAUUGUCAGUCUCUUUUCGUCUUCCUGUGUGAGUCCUUGUACUCUCGAUGCAUUUCAGCAACAAAAAUGCUGUGAAACAUAUGUGGUCGGCCAACCGUUAGGCCCCCCACCUCCACCCCCACCACCACCUCCGCCACAAUCCUGCUGUGGUCCUGUGCGUCCUUAUCCACCGCCUCCGCCACCGCCACCGCCACCGCCGCCAGCUGCUUAUCCUGCCUAUCCACCGAUUGUGCCCAACAAAAAUACGCCCGUUAUGGUUGUGGCUACGCCCAUUAAUUGUUGCACUGUCUGCACGUAUACUUACUAUGGCCCUCCGCCAUGUGGAAGAUUCAGCGGCAACAACAACAACAAUAACAAUAAUUACAACAACGACAGCGGAGAUAACAAAAAGGUAACGAUCUAUAUUCCACCUCCAUACUAUGGAUAG